CAUGAUUACUGGUCGUUUUAGAAGUCCAAGCGUGUGGCAUGCAGGUGUGUGCGAAAGCGUUCGAAGACGACGGCGUAUUCUGUGGUGCACCGGGUCGCGCUAAGCUCGUGUGACGGCUCGUGUGAUAAUCCUGUCGGUCGCUUGAACGUCGGUGUCUUCUGUCGCUGAGCGAGUAAGCCAUGACCACCGCCGUGAGGAUCAAGCGCAAAGCCGACGAGAGCCCUGCGGAAGCCAUCGUUCUGGCCACAAAGAAAUCGAAGGCCGCCGACACCGAGGGCGAGCCCGCUCAGAACUUCACGUUUCAGUACGCCGGAACCGUCGACACUCUUGGCGACGUCGAGGCGGCUAUCGAGCAGGUGAAAGAGGCAAGCCGUCACAGAACAGACCCGAAGAUCCACCCAGUUGACGUGCUGUCAAAGCUGAGAACGGAACAUCGUUCAGCCAGUAAAGAAAGCCGCCUGCGCUUGCUACUGCAGCACCGGGCGAUACUCGAGAAGCUUGGCUCGGAAGAAAUCACCGACGAAAACUUGGAGGCUCCGCGCAAGUCUUCGCACAGCUUGUUUCGUCUUUACGACGCGUUCGAUGAAGACGAGAGCGAGGACGCGAAGAAAGAUGAGCGGGCAAACGAAGCGAGCUUCGGAGGUGUCGUGCAAUGACGUUCCUAUGGUUCGGGAGACAGUCAAGGACACAGCGGUGAAUACUGAUUACGUGUACGACGUGUACUUUAACGACCUCCAUUGCGACUUCAUGGGUGAGGACGAGUUCAGCCUGUUCCGUUGCGGUCCACCCGAUUUCUUCGCAAGGGACCACGACACCGCGUAUGACUCCGAUACUGGCUUCGAUGCUCUCAAUGGGGAAGACAGUGAUGACAGCAAUGCCGAGGAUAACUGGAGGAACGACUACCCAGGACGAAGAACCUCACUUCCGAGGGGAACCAGAGUUGGAUGACACCUUCUUCGAUCAGUUCGACACAAGCGUUGUGAGCCAUCGGCUAGAUCACCUGAACUUCUUUGACGACGAUAGGUUACUGGAGGAGGAUGAUCCUCCAGCUGAGGAGGUCUAACGAACGUCACUUUUUGUAAAAAUUGCGUAGUUGUGUGUAAUAAAGUAGCUUAUUGUCUGACGGGAAAAAAA